AUGAUUGCGAACAGCAACAAAGAACUCUUAUAUCAAUUUAAGGCCCUUAUUUCAGAUUCCAUUUCAGAUCUUAAGCGUGCCAACGAAGCUACGGCUUCGAAGCAGAUGCAGGAAAUCAAAAGGAUAAAGCGUGACCCUGUUCUGCAGUGUAACAAGAGGAGCAACGAAGAUCAGUUUAAAGCCCGUAAGGCUGUAACUGAAGCCGUGGAAGACGCUAAGGCAGCUUUGGGAACGAAGCUAGGCGAAAUUGGCGAAAAAUUAGCUGAACUGGCGCAAAAUAGUGCGCUUAAGUCAAUACGCAAGAUUUUCUGCUUAGUUUCAGAUUUUUCCCUGGAAUUUCCAUCUGCAGCUGGGUUUAACGAUUCUGUUAUCUUGCCCGCAUCAGUUCCAAAAUUACAAGCAUUCACAAUCUGUUUUUGGAUGAAAACAGAUGACCGAGACAAUCAGGGAACGCCAUUUAGUUACGCAGUGGAAGGAAGGGAAAAUGAAAUUGUUUUGAAAAACUACAAGAACUUCCGCAUCCAGAUUCUUUUUUUUUUAAUCAGCGCAAGUGGUAUAUCUGCAAACGAUGGCAAAUGGCAUCACAUCUGCGUGACUUGGGAGAAUAAUGACGGUUCAUGGAACCUUUACAAGGAUGGGGGUUUGGAGAAGGGAGGAACAGGCUUAAAGGCAGGUGCUGUGAUUGAUGGCGACGGGAUCCUUGUACUGGGGAAGUUUCAAGGAGAUCGUUUGAAAGAGAAAAACUUCAUCGGUCAGAUCGCACAUUUAAACAUCUGGAGUCAUGUUCUCCCAGAUGAUAAUAUUACUCGACUCUCUCAGCCUUGUCUCUCAGGUGAAGGGAACGCUGUGAAGUGGUCAGAUUUCAAAAAUGGAGUCCAUGGAAACAUCAGUGUGGUUAUUCCGUCGCCAUGCAGGCCAUAGCGUCCCAAAUUGCCAAGAUGUCUCGAUUGAAAAAUGUGCGUAUGGGAAGAACUUCUAUAGAAGCUGCACUAACUUUGCUUAUUCUAGGUCUGUUAGAUAAU